CCACCAGCUCAGCAGUCAUCAGCACAAAGUUCAGUGACGGAGUGUUGCAAGAAGGAGAGACAAGAGAACAGGGAGCGCAUCCGUGUUGGUGGUGGAAGAGUCUGAGCUUGGAUCGGUAUUGGAGGAAGAAGGCGUGAGGGUUUCCCUUGAGAGAAAACUGAGGACAGCUGCUGGGGAUUUGUCACGUUUUUCAAAAUGUCUGCAUCCGCUCACAUGGAUUAUGCCAUGAAGUCUCUCAGUCUUCUGACUCCAUCCUCCCUGUCAAAGGUUGUGACGUCCAGCGUCUCGGCCAGCGCCUCCAUGACCACCCAGCUGCUUUCGGGUCGAACGCUUCGACCAAAACCCUUUAGGGUAACGAAUGCGGACCGCAGCGUGAAGAAAGGAAUUAUGGCAGAGACGCUUCUAGACCUGAUGAGUAAGGUCAGCGACUCUUUCAGUCUGCAGUGUGUCAGCGCCUUGGUUCUGGACGAGGACGGCACUGGCGUGGAAACCGAGGAGUUCUUCCAAACGCUGCCGGAGAACACGGUUCUGAUGGUUCUGGAGAAGGGGCAAAAGUGGAGUCUACAUCCUAACAGCCCCUCCAGACUUCAGACCAUCGAGUGCCUACAGAAGCGCCGCACAGAUGUGGCCAAACUGACCUUCGACCUAUACAAAAACAACCCCAAGGAUUUCAUUGGCUGCCUUAAUGUGAAAGCGACGCUCUACGGCGCUUACACUGUGUCCUACGACCUGCGAUGCUACGCAGCCAAAAAGAUGCUCAAGGAGGCUCUGCGAUGGACCAUCUUCUCCAUGCAGGCCACAGGCCACAUCCUGCUGGGCUCCUCCUGCUACAUCGAGCAGCUGCUGGAGGAAGAGGAGCGUGCCGAGAAGAGGCUGGCGCUGCCGCAGGAGAGCCGGAUGCGGCAGCUUCAGAGCAUGCUGCUGGGGAAGAGCUCCUACUGAUGAUGAUGAUGAUGAUGCUCUGAAGUCGCAGGCAGACAUGCCAUCUCCUCCUUGAUUAGGUCACAGUGUAGAUUUCACACACUGAACAGAUCCGGUUAGAUUUGUCAUACCUUUAAAACGUCACCUUUUUUUUUUUUUUCUUUUUUUUUGCUGUUACAGUUUGUUCUAAAUAUUGUAGUUGACAAGUUGUUCUAUGAAUGCACUUUUUUUUUUUACUUCUGUGUGUAACUUGUUCCCACGGAAACGUGAUAAAUAAAAGCACCUUGUUUUAUCUCCGUGCCUGAUGGUGGAGCUGGGUGAGCUGUGGAGUGAGUUGCGCCGCGCUCUGGGAGCCCAUUAAUCUGACUUUAUGCGCCGUUCCAGAUCAUGGUCACCGUAAUUGGCAACAGGUUCGGCUGUCUCUCCCACGCUUCCCUAAUUGUCGCCCGGUCCGUACCGUCUUGUCAGCUGCAGCCUGCAGCUCCGCCUCAGAAAACCGGAGGAGGACGAAGGAAUACAGGGAACGACCAGCAGCUGCAGGAGGAGCAGGAGGAGGGUUGGGGGUGCUGGAUAAAACUGGGGAAGCAACAUUUUUCAAGAAGGUAGCAAAUGAAGCAGGACAGAUUUUCUCAAAAUUGGGUGUCUGCAUCCUGAAGAUAAAUGUCAGAUUCAUUAGUUUGUGUAAAUGUGGCACACGUUCAUGCCAACUGGUUUCUUUUUUUCCCAGCCUUAUCUGUAUUUUAAAACAAUUUUUCCUCUUUUUUUUUUUUUAUAUAUAUAUGGGGAAGAAUUGGUACUUAAAUGUAAAUGUGUGAAUUACAAUAAAUGCUGUGUAAAUUA